AUGGGCCAGACCUUGUCAGAGCCUGUCGUUGAUAAGACUUCGUCGGAAGGUCAAGAUGAAUGCUGUAUAUACGGCGUUUCGGCCAUGCAGGGCUGGCGAAUCAGCAUGGAGGAUGCCCAUGCCGCCGUCCUAGAUCUCCAAGCGAAAGAAACCGGCUCGAAUGACAAGCCGACCGAUCCUGAUAAGCGCCUUGCUUUCUUCGGAGUAUACGAUGGCCACGGUGGAGAUAAAGUCGCUUUAUUUGCGGGGGAGAACGUUCACAAGAUUGUCGCAAAACAGGAAACCUUCUCAAAAGGUGAUGUCGAGCAGGCUUUGAAGGAUGGUUUUCUCGCUACCGAUCGAGCUAUCUUGGAAGAUCCCAAAUAUGAGGAGGAAGUCUCCGGUUGCACUGCCGCCGUGAGUGUGAUUUCGAAACACAAAAUUUGGGUGGCAAACGCUGGUGAUUCACGUUCCGUUUUGGGUGUCAAGGGUCGAGCAAAGCCUCUUUCGUUCGAUCACAAGCCGCAGAAUGAAGGCGAGAAAGCUCGAAUUAGCGCUGCAGGUGGUUUCGUUGACUUCGGCCGUGUCAACGGCAAUCUCGCCCUGUCGCGUGCGAUUGGAGAUUUCGAAUUCAAGAAAAGCCCCGAACUGUCUCCUGAACAACAGAUUGUUACUGCCUAUCCGGAUGUCACGGUCCAUGAUCUCACCGACGACGAUGAGUUUUUAGUAGUUGCUUGCGAUGGCAUCUGGGAUUGCCAGUCUUCCCAGGCUGUAGUUGAAUUUGUUCGCCGCGGUAUUGCGGCCAAGCAGGACCUUUACCGGAUCUGUGAAAACAUGAUGGAUAACUGCCUCGCCUCGAACAGUGAAACCGGCGGAGUCGGCUGUGACAACAUGACAAUGGUUAUCAUAGGUCUUCUCAACGGUAGAUCCAAGGAGGAGUGGUAUAACCAGAUUGCGGAGCGGGUUGCUAACGGCGAUGGCCCUUGUGCUCCGCCUGAGUACGCUGAAUUUCGAGGACCUGGAAUUCGUAACCAGUUCGAGGAAAACCCCGAUGAGUACGAGCUCGACCAUGAUCGAACCCGCCCAUUCAGCGUGCGUCCCGGUAGAAUAAUUCUUUUGGGAGAUGGCAGCACGUUAAUUCCAGAAAAGCAGACCAACGAGGAACUCUUUGACCAUACCGAGGAAGACCAGGAUCUCUCCAACCAAGUGCAGCGCCAGGAUUCGGAUACAGAAAGGAAUGAACGCGAAGGUACCCCUGGGCCUCAGUCCGGAAACGCCCAGACGGAUAAAUCUGCGCCCAGCACUUCAGAGACUUCGACCAGUCCUGGAACACCGCAGAAACCCGCCUCUUCGUAG